AUUGACUGUAAAAGAAACACCGAAGCAGUUCAGCUGGGAUCUGCUCAGUCGUUUGAGCGAUGAGGAAUAAGAUGUUUUAGGCAAACAUUUACAAAGUGGACUGCAAAGACAUUUCUUCAAAUCCUGAUUAAAGAGACGGAGAAAAGCAGAAAUGCCCUGUGUUCAAACCCAGUAUGCAACUGUGCCGUACGAGAACAACUGCUACAACUCAGAAUUCCUGAGCUCAGACCUCACCACCAAGUUGGCCAUGGACUUAAGCAGCCAGCAGGAUCACAUGUCGAGCCCAUCCUUACCCAGCAUUAACACUUUGAUGGGCAGCUACACAGGAGAAUUUGAUGCUUACUCAUGCCCGAUUUCGACUUCAACAACACCCACAUCCAUUGACUUCAGCUCUGGUCAGGAGUCCCCCUUCAAGUUAGAUGAUUUUCAGGUGUAUGGGUGUUAUCCAGGCUCCUUUGCCCUGAGUUACCUUGAUGAAGCACUGUCAUCCUGUGGUUCUGACUACUACAGCAGUCCCAUCUCUGCAGCUUCACCUUCAGCCCAUGGCUUUCAAACCCAGCCUGUAUCUGCCUGGGAGCCACCUUACAGUCCCUACUCCCCAGCACCUGGAUGCUGGGUAGCUGACAAGGCAGCCGCAACCCAACCACCGUCCUUCUUCACAUUUUCUCCUCCAGGAGAACAGCAGUCUCUUCUAGGACAGCAACCUUCUCACCUGAUGGAGCAGGAGCUUUUUGUACAGCCCCAACAGCAUUCUUCCCCAUUACACCUUAAUUCCCUUGUACUUGACCCGGGUACCCUGGAUAGCCCAGUGCAGGCAGAGAGGCACAUCUCAUCUCCCAAAGGUCGAAGCCCUACAGCAAAUGAGAGCUGUUGUGCUGUAUGUGGGGACAAUGCCUCUUGCCAACACUAUGGAGUACGCACUUGUGAAGGAUGCAAAGGGUUCUUCAAGCGGACAGUACAGAAAAAUGCAAAGUAUGUGUGCCUAGCCAACAAAGACUGCCUUGUCGACAAACGACGGCGAAAUAGGUGCCAGUUUUGUCGCUUCCAGAAGUGCUUGGCCGUUGGGAUGGUCAAAGAAGUUGUGCGAACGGACAGCUUGAAAGGUCGGAGGGGUCGAUUGCCCUCCAAGCCCAAGAAUGUCCAAGACUCUGCAUCCACAGCUACUCCAGCCAACAUAAUUGCCUCACUUGUGAAAGCACACAUGGACUCUAAUCCAGCAGCUAGCAAGCUGGAUUACUCCAAGUACCAGGAGACAGUGACCAGUCUCUCAGAGAAGGAGGAUGCCAGUGAUAUUCAGCAGUUUUAUGACCUGCUGACCGACUCCAUGAAAGUGAUCCAGAGGUGGGCAGAAAGCAUUCCUGGAUUUACAGCCUUCUGCCCUGAGGACCAGGAACUGCUCCUUGAGUCUGCUUUUAUGGAGCUCUUCAUCCUCCGUGUGGCAUACAGGUCAAGCCCAGGAACUGAAAAGCUCAUCUUCUGUAAUGGGUUAGUCCUUCAUCGCACGCAAUGUGUUCGGGGGUUCGGUGACUGGAUUGAUUCCAUCAUGGAUUUCUCACAUACCUUACACCGCAUGAAACUCGACGUCUCUUCCUUCGCAUGCCUUGCCGCUCUAGUCAUCAUUACAGAUCGCCAUGGCCUGAAGGAGCCAAAGCGUGUGGAGGAGUUUCAGAACCACCUGAUUGCCUGUCUCAGAGAUCAUGUUGCCAACAGCAUCACGGACUCCAACCGACCCAACUACAUGUCCUGGCUGUUGGGGAGGUUGCCAGAGUUGCGGACACUGUGUACCCAGGGUCACCAGCGUAUUUUCUAUCUUAAGCUGGAGGACCUCGUUCCUCCACCUCCUAUCGUAGAGAAAAUCUUUAUGGAUACCUUGCCUUUCUGAGUGGGAAGAUUUAGACAAAGUGGGAGUUAUACCUGAUGGUGCCGAGGAAAGAUUGUGGGGAAAAAAGUGACUUGCAAGCAGAUAUCCAGUUCCUUCAGGAUUGUGUUUCUGGAGAACAGAUCCUUCUGCUUUGCCUCUCAAGCUCUGACAAGAGUUUUGCUCAACUGUUCCUUGCUCCCAAAUGAAGACCACUUCAAAAAAAACUUUUCUAUAAACAACCUUUCGGUUGUAAAACAAAGUUUUACUUUAUUACAAUGUCUGUAAAUCAGUGACAUAAAGACUGUUUUCUUCAGAGAAUCAUUUAUGAAGAGACGAAAAAAGGCCAGAACAAUUGGGAUACCAUUCCUCUUUGUUUUUUACAAAUUUAUUUUUUGGGGUGUAUUUAUGGCUAUGCAAAAGCUGUAAUCAUCUGCACACACAAUGAUGUAUUGGAGAAAGAGAAGAGGUCCAUGUCUCCAAUUGAAGGCAGUAUUAACAUAACUGAGUUGGAAAGCCAGUGGAUUUGGAAGCCUUAGCUUUUGUUACAAGUGUAAUGACACCCUAAAAAUUUGUGCAGCAUGUUUUAGACUUUGGCAGUAGUUAAGUGGUCAGACAUGAGCUUCCGCGAAUCAUUGCUCAUGUGAAUAUGGCAAAUUUCGGAUGUGCUCCGAAGGCAAUAUUUAUCACAAUGCUACAUGCAUUACAAAGGCCUUGGACCAAAAAGUGAGCUUUGUUGGGAUAUUGUUUUAUUCAGUGAAUAAGGUAUCGAAUACAGGAUUCAAUUUGAACACCUUACUGACAUUUUUAGUCUUGUACUAUACCAUCUUAAGGGUAGUAUUUCUGGUGUUGAAUUUAUAAUAUCUGUAUAACAACCAUGUCCCAGUGCCUUAGAGUGAGCUCUAACAUGCUGUUGAGUAACAAGACUCAUCAAAAAAGGCUUUUUUGGUAAUACUUCUGAUGACUGGAUGGAAAAUCUUGGUUGCUUUUUAAAUUUCCAGUAGUUUUUACUUGGUAUUGACUUCUAUUUUUCUGUCCAUGAUAGUAUUGAUAUACUGUAUAAACAAAAUUGGCAGAACUACUGUUAAUAACAAUGUUGCCUUAUGAAUACUAUACCCUUCAUUUGAGAAUUGUGUUUUUUUUUUUUUUUUUUUUUUUUUUCUUAAUUUUUAAAAAUACCUUAAGUGACUUUAUGGAGUUAUAGCUGACAUAUGUCACAAAGAAGAUGAGCAGCUAUGUGUGCCUCCUAACCACCAUGGUGUUUUGAAUGAUGCUUCCUUUUCUAUAUGUUUAUGAUGUGUGUCUGUAUGCAAGUAGCAGAAAUACUUUAUAUUUCUCUUGGCUUUAUUAGUUUCAUGGUUAUGUGAUAUAUAUUCAGAAGGAAAGGUAUUUAAUAUUAAAUUUUUGUAAAUGAUUGUAUAAAAGA